GCCAAACCCCACCCACACUGGUGGGAACUUAGACCUAGCUUCAACGAUUCUGAUGCAAUUGUCCUUGCUAACGAAAUCCGUCAUAGGACCUGAGCCCUAGGACCAUGCGUCAGGACUACCGGGCAUGAUGACUCCUUGCUGUCCCCAGUCCACCUGGCCUUGCUGCUGUUCCAGUUUCAACUGUUCUGCCUGCGGCUAUGGAACCCUGACCUGUCCACCGGACGUGCUACCUGUCCCAGACCUGCUGUUUUCAACUCUCUAGAGACCGCAGGAGCGGUAGAGAUACUCCUAAUGAUCGGCUAUGAAAAGCCAACUGACAUUUACUCCUGAUUAUUAUUUGACCAUGCUGGUCAUUUAUGAACAUUUGAACAUCUUGGCCAUGUUCUGUUAUAAUCUCCACCCGGCACAGCCAGAAGAGGACUGGCCACCCCUCAAAGCCUGGUUCCUCUCGAGGCUUCUUCCUAGGUUUUGGCCUUUCUAGGGAGUUUUUCCUAGCCGCCGUGCUUCUACACCUGCAUUGCUUGCUGUUUGGGGUUUUAGGCUGGGUUUCUGUACAGCACUUCGAGAUAUUAGCUGAUGUACGAAGGGCUAUAUAAAAUAAACUUGAUUUGAUCCCUGGCCCCAUACAGCUGUGGAAGGCUGUACAUAAGCAGGGGACAGCCAUGCGGAGCUACAGCGUAUCUGCAGGGGCGGAUUCUGUGAGUGUUCGAGGUGAACAACAUGCUGCAAUUCUUCCUAUAAGAUAAAAAAUAAGAACAAUAAUUUGGUUAGUCACAAUAUUUCAAUAAAUGUACAUUUCCUGCCUUAGUUACGGGUAAACUGUUAUGGUUAGUUGUGAACUCAACCUAUAAUUUUGACAUGAGUAUAGCUCUGCAGAUACUAGAAUCUGAAGAAUCUCAAAUAUAAAAUAUAUUUUGAUUUGUUUUACACUUUUUUGGUUACUACAUGAUUCCAUGUGUUAUUUCAUAGUUUUGAUGUCUUCACUAUUAUUCUACAAUCUAGAAAAUAGUAAAAGUAAAGAAAUGCCUGUUACAGUUAUUCUAUCAUUGCCUUGCCAAACAAUAGUAAUGUUAUGUGGCAAUACAACAUUUUGUGGGUGGCUUUGCCACCCAGGCCUCUACGGUUGCCAUGAAGGCAUGUCUAGAUCCACAUCACGCUGGAUAACAGGGCUCUGGUAAAGCUAGGUGGACCAAUCAUCUGCUUAGUGGAUUCUACCAAUUACAGAUAGAUUAACAAAGAAACUACAGCGUAAAUGACCUGUUUCCCAAAGAGCAAAAGGGUUUAACUAAUACCCUUGCAAAUGUCCAUUUCCUGUAUCCCUAAUAAUUUGUAUAAUUAAUUAUUUGCAUUAUUGUUUUGAAGAAAAAUGGUCAUCAAAUUAUUGCAGCUGAUGUCCUAUUUGGGCUUCCCAGAAAAAGAUUGUCUGGGAUCAGCAUUGAGGGCAUUCUUCUGUGACCAAGACAAAGCCUGCAUUCCAAACGCUUAAAAGACACACCCUCUCCCCUUAGCCCUCAAAUUAAGUGGACACUUCUGAUGACGUAUCAUGAUGUCUGACGUGUUUACACUUGCAGGGCAAGGGGCGAGGGAGGAAGGAAUUAAUUUUAAAUGGACCGCCCUUGCCCGGAAAUUCGUCACUUGUUCCUCCCGCAAUGAUAGUUAUUUCAGCCACUGGUAGCUUGUGGGUGCUUUAUAUGCGCUACAGUCAAUUAUGAUUGCAUGUCUACUUAUAUUAAAUACAGUAUAUCAUUAUUAAUAUACGCCUACUGUAUGAUAGCUAUAAAAUGAAUUAGCUAACUAACGUUAGCCUGCCUAGCUGGAACUUUGAAUUAAUUUGUUUUAUUUUAUUUCUACAAUUUCCAAAAGCUAACCAAACAAAAACAUCAAUACUUUUACGAAAUGUUUGUGCAUUAGUAGCAUAAUUUCUAACUUAUUUACAUUUGUUUUUACUUAAGCCUCUUGACUCCAUAUUGAUUUUGAGGUUAAGUUUUGGCUGACUUUAUUUAGCGGAUUAUGUAAUCAUCGUGAAUUGAAUUAUGGUGCGUUUCAGGCCCUGAAGUGAACAUAAUUGUACACUCGCAAACUCCAUUAAAAACGAGGGCUGAGGGGCUUACUUUGCAAACUUCCAUUGCUUGGCCGCAGGGAUUCCCUCAAGGUCAUAAGGUGAGGGUAAAUGGACGAGGGUGUGUCCACGGUCCAAACACUUAAAAGACACACCCUAUCGCUUUCAGCCCUCAAAUUAAGUGGACACUUCUGAUGAUGUAUCAUGACGUUUGACGAGUAUACACUUGCAGGGCAAGGGGCGAGGGAGGAAGGAAUGAUUUUUAAAUGGACCACCCUUGGCCGGGAAUUCGUCACUCGUUCAUCCCGCAAUGAUUGUGUUUCAGCCACCUGUAGCUUGUGGGUGCUUUAUAUGUGCUACAGUAAAUGAUGAGGGUAUGUCUACUUAUAUUAAAUACAGUAUAUCAUUAUUAAUAUACUCCUACUGUAUGAUGGCUAUCAGAUUAAUUAGCUAACUAACGUUAGCUCUCUUAGUUCCUUUUUACAAGAGCAAAAAAAAUGCUUGUGUUUUCUCACCCUCAACCCAUUUUGCUCUAGAUCUAAUAAAGGCCCCUUUAACUAAAUCAAUGUACAUUUGAUCUAGUUCUAUUCGAAAUGUAUACAAAUCUGUUUCUUCCUCGGCUGAAAGGGUAUCCUUUUCUAAAAGAACAUUCAAUUUAUUCAUAAGCUCAUCUUCUUUCAAACAUUUCUGCUUCUUUAGUUCCUUACUGCGUGUAAUGGCGAAAGAUCUUACCUUGAAUUUAAAUAUUUCCCAGUUACUUUCAUGCUUUGGUUCUAAAUCAUUUGAGUUAAACAAGUGUAUGUUCAAGUUAUUUGUGCUCUUGUUAAAGACUAGAUAAUUUAGGAGUGAAUUAUUACGUUUCCAGUAUCCUCGAAUGCCAUUGGAUUUUCAGCACAUUCUAACUUCAAUAUUAUAAUUUUAUGAUCAGUCAAAGGAGCAUGUUUAUGAUUUACUUAUUGUACAUACUGUAAAAGUGGGGGAGAAAUGAGAAAGAUCAAUUCUGGAUCUCCAUGUAUUGAUCACUGUCAGUUUACUGCAAAAUUAUGUGAUGUCACUAUUCUGAGAUCUUUGAGCUAUUCUAGUUGGACAUCUAUCUAAAGAGUUAUCAGGUGUUUCAUUAAAGUCUCCAGCUAUUAUGAGCCAUACUUGUUUUUCAGCUCAGUAUCAGCAAGAUCCAAAAAUAAAGUCUAAUUUGAGGUGUAAGUGUUGUACCCAUAGACAUUGCAUAUAAUAAAACAAGCAUUAUCUAGUUUUGAGAUCAAUAUAACCCUUCUCCCAUCUUUGGAUAUACAAGACUCUGAAAUAUCACCUCUAAACUUAUGAAGCAAUAUUAUAUUACCAGCUGAGUGGUUAGACCGUGACUAUAAUAAACAGUAUUUCCCUAUUGUGAUUUCCAAAAACUAGAAUCUGAAUUGCAGGAGUGAGUCUUUGAGUAGAAUGAAAUCUGCAUUAGUGUUUACAAAAUUAAAAAAAAUAGCUUUUUCUUUUAGUUAUGUUCCGUAAACCCCUGGCAUUUAGAGAUACAGUAUUUAGUGCAUUAAAUUCAAAACGUUGCAUAACCUGAUAAAAAUAAGAAGACAAAUACAGUGUAGUGAUAUGAAUAUCUGAUUAACUAGUAAGCUAGGUUUCGUCCCUCGCCUGCAAGUGUCAACUCGUCAGACGUCAUGACACGUCAUCAGAACUUCAUUUGAGAGCUGAGGGGAGAGGGUGUGUCUUUUAAGUGUUUGGAAUGCAGCCCGUAUUUUGGCUAAUGUAAUACGACAUCCGGGAAGUUUUGGCAUACUAACUAUAUACAUACUGUGACCAAUAAGCAUACUAAAUACUCAAUGUACGUUAGUAUGAGUAUACGAUCACAGAUCUCGUUUUUUUCCGCCGAGUUCUAAGUUGUCUUGAAAGCGCAACUGUAUACACUACAGUAUCACCAUGAUAUAUGGGAGCUAUACAACGCAGACGGACCAUUAGAGCUACUACGUCAUCUCAACAUAUCCACAGAUUUGUAUAACUAAACCAAGAUAGACCGCAUCCUUUCGUUUCCAACGCGAACAAAUGAGUCAUAGUGUGCAGAACAAGUAAGGGUGUGGGCAGAGUCAAGCACGAGCUAGCGAGAUCCUAUUUGCCUGUUCGAGCAUUCAUCUCCAUAUUUCCGUGAAGUGCACGUGUAGAAUAACUUAAUUCGCCUUUUCACUCCUAAACAAUUUGAUUUUUAAAAUAUUUUGUCAAAGUCUCCAAAACUUUGUCCACUCUGUUAACAGAUUUUAGUUUUGGGAACAGAAAACUGUAUUGAGAUCAAAUGUUUCAUCGAUGAGAAAAUUUGCAGAAUGUCGUCCAAAAUCAAUCUCCUUCCAUCUUCUCCCACUGCUGGCCACUGGGCUUCCUCUCAAUGCUAAAUUUGGUAGUGAACGGAAACGCCACGCGGAUGCUUGGUAAAAUAUCUAUCUCGUUGAUCUAUCUGUGACAUACGCGUUACAGAAGCGGUAAAUCGAAAACGGCUGCCAUCAGGAAAUAGAUCUCGGGAGCCGGACCGGCUAAAUUGAGAACAGCGCGACGCACAAAGUAAUUUAUCCAGCGACAUGGAAGACACCUGCAUGUUCUGUAUGAUUGCUAAAAACCAAGACAAGGACACAGAAAUUGUUAAACAGGAUUCUGAACUUGUCUGCUUUCGGGACAGUAACCCCGCUGCCCCACAUCACUACCUGGUUGUGCCAAAAAAACAUAUAGUGAGCUGCUUUUCUCUCUUUCAGGAGCACGUAAAGCUAGUUGAGAGGAUGGCUGAGAUGGGGAGGGCUGUGUUGCAGGAAAAUGGCAUUACCAAUCCAAAUGACAUCAGGAUGGGGUUCCACAGACCUCCAUAUAUCUCUGUACCUCACCUCCACCUCCAUGUCCUCGCCCCGACAAGUGAGAUCACUGAUGACAUGGCACACAAGUUCACACCAGGCACAUGGAGGUUCGCCACAGAGGAUUUAUUGCGCAGGACCCUGGUCAGUGGAGUGGACCCAGAUCAUUAUCUGAUGCUUACAUGCAUCAGUGGGAGAGGGCUCUCUGAAUGAGGUGCAGCCUGUCUGCGGGGUCAGAGAUGGGAGAAUUUAGCGAAAAGGGCUAAAACCUUUUUUAAUGGAUACAUUUAGUUAUUUAAGGUCUUAAACUCACAAUUAUGAAAACAUAGUAUAAAAGAAUAUCAAUACAUUUGUAUAUUAAGACAUCUGCUCCAUUUAUUUUUUUACUCUGAAGUUCACUAAAUAAUUAAUAAACCUGAUCAGUUCACUUCAUAAUAAAUACUGUGUUUAUACAAGUUAAAGGCUCAGUGCAGUCAAA